AUGACUAGUGAGAAAGAUAAGGAAUGUGGUUAUACUGAAUUUCUACUUACAGCUGAAAGUUUCAUAAAACAAAAGAAAAAAAUGAUCAGUCUCUUCAGACUAAAUGUUCUAUUACUUCUCUGGGUGUCAGCAAUGCAAAUGUGGAGGUGUCACCCUAUUGUCCCUUCUACGCUGUCUAGGAAAUCUGAUUACUGUCUCCUGCUGCUGAAUAGUUGCUUACCCCAGGUGGAUGGGUCCGAAGAAUUGGCAUUGUUAAAGCCUUUUCUGGAGAAGCCUCAUAUGAAAAGAUCCUUCCGGAAUGGGGUUGGAUCAGGAACUAAAAAAACUUCCUUUCGAAGAGCCUGA